AUGGCUGAUACUUCCGAGCCAAUCCUGGCAGAGGAUGCGGGCGCCGCGAAUCAAGCGCGCGGCGCUUGUUGCCACCAGCGAUGCCUUGUGCCUGAAGGUUUCUCGUUCGACUGCCUCGCCAUCACGGCACCCAACCCGAGAGCUUCCAAGGCGUACCUCGACGAGCUCGUGCACAGGGUGGGCAUGAGCGGGACAGAAGGAACGAAGGAGGUGCUCAUUCUAGCCGUGUCUGAUCCCGAAGGAGUGAGGAUCGGCUCUGGAGGCGGCACUCUGAACGCUGUGCUCGAGAUCGAUCAAGCUCUCCGGGCGGCGCAGCUGUCCAACGAUAGCCAAGACCCCCAGGGCUUGGCCGCCGCGCGCGUCCUCCUCGUGCACAGCGGUGGCGACAGCCAGAGGUCCCCAACGCAAUGCGUCUGUGGCAAGGCGUGGUCCGCCCUCAACAGCUGCGGAGACAGCGGCAGCGGCAGGUGCAACACCCCGAUGGACCUGCUGCUCGAGCACCUGAGCCGCCUGUUCUCCGGAGGUUCGUCCGGGAGUUUGGAACCCGGAACGCUGGUCGUUACCGCGUGUGACGUCAUGCUGCUAAUUCCUCCCGAGGUGGCGGCCACGGCCGACUGGUCAUUCGACAAUCAGAGCGGCGCCGCCGGGGGCGUGGCCGGUUUGGCGAUUGCUGCGGAUGCGGCGAAGUACGCCUCCCACCACGGCGUGUACUGCCUGGACGGGGGUGGCGGCGGUGGGGGCCAGAAGAGCCACGGCAUCAAGGGGGUCAGAAAGUACCUCCAGAAACCUUCCCGCGAGGAGGCGGAGACGUCCGGAGCCUUCAUCAACCCCGGCAGCAUGGUGACGCCCAAUAAUGAGUCUGGAAACCCCAACCACGAUCCCAAUGCUAACCCGGAGGUCGCCAUCGACUCGGGCGUCGUGGUGUUUUCGGGAGCGGCCACGUGGGCUCUGACGAGCCUUGCACUCUCGGAGACGUUCAAGGGGUGCACCUCGCGGGGUGUGGCCGGGGGGGCUUCCGCGCUGAGGUUGGAGCUGUAUUCGGACAUCUUGCUGGCGCUGAGGACGGGAGGAGCUACCGGAGAGAGCGCCGAAGGGAUGCUCGACGCCUAUCUCGAAGCGUGCGGCCCCGUCCUCCCUCCCGACCAUGACGUCUCCAAGGCUAGGCGGGAGAUCUGGGACGCCCUGAGCGGGUUCCCUCUGGGCGCCCUGCUUCUCCAAGGGGCAAAGUUCGUGCACCUGGGCACUACCCCAGAGCUGAUGGAGAUGUUGACGCUCCGGCUGCCGGAGUUCAUCGAGCCAUACGGUUUGACUGCCAGGGCGUCCAGCGUGGUGGGCGCUGCCUGCUCGGUUGAGAACGACCCCCCAGCGGUGGUGGUGAACAGCAGCCUACACGGGGCCGGGGUGGUCGCAGGCGGGGCAGUGAUUGAGCACUGCUAUUUCGACAGAGACGGCUGGGAAAUUGGUGCAGGAAGCCUUAUCAGUGGAAUCCGUUCUCUUGGGGAAGAUUGCCAUCUGCGUCUUCGAGGUGGCAUGUGUCUCCAGCAGACCGACCUCGACCGCGCCUCUCCUGAGGAGCCGGCGUCGAGGUUCGUGGUCAGCCUGUUCGGCACGAGGGACGACAUCAAGGCACACUACUCGGCCGAGAGGGCGAGGGUUUGCGGCGCAACCUGGGAGGCGUUCUUCGGUUACACAGGCGCGACCGUGGAGGAUCUAUGGGGUGGGAUCGAGGAGGGCGACCGCAAGCUGUGGUCGGCGCGCCUGUUUCCCGUCCUAACCCGCAUCCAAGGUCAAGCCGCGGGUACCUCGUCCACAAGCAUCAACACGGUCAUGUGGAUGCAGGACGUCCAGGAACACGCCGCUGCCGCAGCCGUCGCCACCGCCUGCCCUUCUUCAUCGCCCCCCGGCGGCGACGUUUCUUCACCCCCGAUAUCCGGAGAUCGAGGUGGCGGGAUCGCCGCGACCAAGCCGGUGGCGGUGAAGAACUGGCUGGCGGCCGAGCGGCUUUCCUUCAAGGAGAUACUGGCGAAGGCGAAUCCCGGAGCGGAAUUCCGAUGGAGGAGGCAUCUCGAGGAGGGCAUGGCAGCAAAGGUUCCCGCUGCUGGUGCACAGGCGGCGGCGCCGGUGGGGAGCGGGAGGGGUCGGGCGUGGGAUGCGGUCGCCGUCGUCGCCCCCGCUUUGAGCCACCUCCCCGAGGCGCGUCGGUGGCUAGACUCCCUCGCAGGGCGGGGGGCAAUGGCGGCGUUCUGCGUGCCCCCGCCUCGCCCGUGCGACACGCCCGACCGGCGGAUGGAUCGGGACGGCCCCCUCGUCCUCAACGCCCUCUUGGUGGUUGCGGAGCGUUACAGCGCUCUCAAGAGGGCGCGGUUCGGGUCAGACACCAGCGCCGAGGCACUGAGGGGCAUGUGCGUGCUGCUGUGCGUCGAGGGGGUUUCCGAGGAAAAAAAAAAUUGGGACGAAAUCGUCGAAGACGGGGUGCCGGGAGCGUGUGAUCUUGAUUGCGCCGCGCAAGCCGGCGUGUGGGUGCUCCAACGGGACGGAAGCAUGUUCCUCCUUCGUGAGGAGUCCCUCGCUCCGCUUCUCGAGCUGCCCCAGAGAUUGUCCCAGUACCAGGGCUUGACGUACCUGGACGUAGACAACGCCAUCCCUGUCCCGGAAACCGUACCUCCGGGGUCUCCGACUGGUACGACUAGCGCGCUAGAGUUUCUGGCCGCAGCAACGGCAGCAGCGCGCACGCCCUCGCCGGAACCAGUACAACGAUCGGCCGUGACAGAGCCGCGCUCACGCGUCCACAGCGGUGACCUCCGUCCCGACCACGCUGCUUCUUCUCCUGCUUCCGCUGGUACCGCUGCCGCUGUCACUUCUGCCCUUGCGGGUCUGACGGAGCUGGACGAAAGGGCGAAGGAUGAGGGGUGUACCCCGGCGGGGGCGGCGCAAGCGCUGGCGAGGGUGGCGUGCCGUCUUUACGAGCUGGCGGACAUUCUCGGAGGCGGCGGUCACCGGAGUGGUCCUGGCGAGAACCCCGAAUGGCAAGCGGCCAUGAGGGGCUUGGACACCUUGCGUCCCCUCCCCGACGGCAAUGGGUGGGGCCCUCCGGCUGCGCUCCCGGCGUCGGUGGCGGCCCUGAAAUGCCGCCGCGACUUGUGGCUUGGCAGUGCAGGCGGGCCUCCGGCCAGGGAUGCAUCACAAACGCUGCCGCAGAAGCGAUCCACGAUCGGCGGCACCCAAGCCGCUUCUUUUUCGCACGUGGAGCCACAUCUCGUGGUACGAUGCGCCCGCCACUACGAGCGCGCGGCUGCUGUCGUGGUCUCCGCCGCGGUACGAACCGCCUCCCUCUUCGUGGAACUCCCGCCCGCUAGGUGGGGGCUAGGUUCGGGGGCAAACAAGGAAAGCCAGGCGAUGCCUAGCGCCGGAGGGGCUACCGGGGGGGAUUUUGCCAACGAAAAAUGUGGCGGAAGUGAUGUGGUCGACAGUGUUUCCGGCGGCACGGGUGAUGAUGCCGGCCCCACCUUGGAGGACAAGGAGCAGCAGAGACAACUGCUGGAGGAGCGGAUCUCGAGGAUGAACCCUCGAGACCAAGCCCUAGCCCGACACUCCCAGGUACACGUCAACCACCGCACCAUCGCGACAAAGAACGCCGAGCUAACACAGCGGCGGGUUCAGGAGGAACGGCGGCGCUGGCAGCAGGCUCCAGAGGAGUCCCAACAGCAAGCGCUCCCCGUGGGGGCUUGUAUCACUAGUAGGGCUGCCGCAAGAGUCGAUCUGGCCGGCGGGUGGACCGACACGCCACCCAUUUCAUACGAAGCGGGGGGCGCGGUCUUGAACGCUGCGGUGACGGUGUCGGGAGAGAAGCCCAUCGAGGCACGGUGCGAGCGGAUCGAAGCGGCCAGAGUGGAGCUUGUCUGUGUGGGGCGCGAGGGAACCAUGACAUCGAGGACGGUUUGCUCUAGCCUCGAAGACUUCUCAGAUUUCUGCGUCCCACAUGCUCCCGCGGCGCUCCUGAAGGCGGCCCUCAUAUGCGCCGGGAUCGUGCCUUUUCCUACCGCCGCCUCCUCAGACGGAAACCGCACGGCAGCGAACGCCGAUGCCGAAGACUCGCAUGCUUCCGCCGUGUCGACAGCGGGCGAUCCUGAUUGCAAGCAAGGAUCGUCGUUAUUGUCGCUUGAGAAGCAGCUGGCCAUAGUGUUCGGAUGCGGGGGCAUCCGAAUCACCAGUCGGUCGGGACUUCCUCAGGGAUCGGGCAUGGGAACAAGCAGCAUUCUUGCCGGUGUGGUACUCAGCGUAGUUUGCGUGGCGGCAGGUCGGGCUAUGUCCCCCACAAGCCUGGUGCACGCCGUUCUGAGGGUGGAGCAACUCAUGACAGCCGGGCUGCAAAGUGUGGGCGAUGACUACUCGUGGGACCAAGUAGGCGGGUUGCUCGGCGGCGUCAAGAUCUGCCGGACAUCGGCAAGCUUGCCUCUGCAGGGUCUGGUGUCCAAUGCAGAGGACGCCGCAAAUGCUUGCCGCGGUGCGGGAGACCUGGAAGCCCUGGGGCGAUGCCUCUCGACCUACUGGGUACAGAAAAAGCGCAUGGCGCCAGGCAACGGUUGGUAGCCCCCCAUGUUGUUUUGUGCUUGGUGUUCCCGUGUUUCUUAACAUGCUUCUAAUCAUCUUCGGAUGAGAACAACCACAAGAGGAGAGUCUUCAAAGGAGGGAAGGAGGCAUGCUCAACAUCGCAAUCGCGUCCUACAAUUCACUUGUCCACCAGCACCAUGGAGGCACGACACAUUGACCAAGACAUCAUCUUGACGCAAGUUCCGUUCGUGCACAAGAGUGCACGCGAACUACAGGAUAGGCCACGAACGUGAUGUCCCUGAUUCCUUAUUUCUUGCUUUUCAUCUACCCAAAACGUCUUGACGUGCGCGUCGUCUACUGCAGCACGGCCGUAAGAUUGCCUUUGCAAUACGUGCCACUCUCCCUAAACGUGUCUCUUGCACGGACAAAUGUUUCGCUCAGGAGCUGAACCGCCUGCGGUCAAGGCCCUUCUAGAAAGGAUGAGGCCUUUUUGUCACGGGCUGUCCGGCUGCGGAGCCGGAGGCGGUGGGUUUGUAGCAGGCAUCACCAAGAAUCCCGGAGACCAGGCAAGCCGGACUUGGGCCCCCGUUGUUUGCUUAGCUUGGUAUAUGCUGGUCGGUUCGCCGAGAUGCGCGCAGCAUACGUCGGUGUUGAUAUGUGGCAUGAAUAUUGCCACAAUUUCAAACGCGUUUCAGGAACGACAACCGGUAGUCGGGAUAUAUCGCCUGUUGUUCAAGGUCUGGUGCCCUUCCCUGCUUGGAGAUGUACUCUUUUUCAACAAAUAGGCUCACCCCCACCCCUUGAAGUCGGCUACCGUUACGUCACAAAGGACAGAGUCAGUCUUAAUUUUUUAUCCCCGAAAUACACAACAUUACUUAGACCAUGAUAUCAGCACAGGGGUACCGUUGCACGUCAACUAGUGGGUAAAAUCUUCAGAGAGGCACGAUGGCAUUGCCUCCCGUCCUGAGAAGGGACGGAUUGAGUAUGAUGCCUCCACCACCUUGGCAUAGACCAAGCUGAUUCCUGGCUGGCUCAUGACACGGACCACUCGAACCAGGGCUUAUUGGAGGUGAAGGAAGCUCUGGCUCCGACUGCGUUGGACUCCUCAGAGGUUUCGACGAUCAGCGUGCAUCGAGGCCGGCUAGACCCGGUGGGCAUGGAGGUCACCAUAACGCUUCCACAUGCUUGACGCUUGCUUACCAAGAGACUUGGUGGCCACCAGGUUCCAGCAACACGGGCUGGAAGGAGUGAAGAUUUACAUUUGAGACGCUAACAGGGGUGACGGAAUCCCUCCUAGCAGAAUCGUCUCUAGCGUCUGGUAUCCUGUUCGUCGCGGCGACUGGAACUGCGGGUUUAGUGUGCUGUCGAGCCGAGCUUUUGUCCAUGUUGAUGUAAGUGGAUGGAUAGUAACCGAACGCUGAGUAACGACAUCCAUCUCAGCGGCACAAUGCGCUUACCAUUGAAAUCCAGAGCUGACAGGCCCCAGGUUUCGCCACAUCUAUGGGGUUUUGUCCUGAGAUUGGUCCACGAUUUCCGAUGCUUUGGCUAACCGGUCUGUCCUUACUUCACUUGAAAAUUCUGUCGCGCUCACAGCAAGUCGAAAGUUGCAUGGAAACGUUUGGCGCCGCCGUCUUUUGCGCUGGAAUACUGCGUUCGAGCUUCAGCUCUAGCCCUAACAGAGGAACGGAUAAUGUAUCUGUUACUGCUGACACUCCGCGCACCAGAUCGACGUUCCA